AUGGAAGAGCAGAAGCAAUACAAAAACUAGGCAACAUAUUAAAAUUCUUACAGAGGAGGCUAUCAAAAUAGCAAUGGAAGUAACUAUUCAAAAAGAUCAAACUACGAUAAUGAAAAUGGAGAAACCUCUCGAGGAGGAUACUCAAGUAAUAGAGGAAGAGGAAGAGGCUAUUACAACAAUUAUAACAAUAGUUAUGAUAAGAGUGAAAAUUAUCAAGAUAAUUAUCACAGAGAUGGAGGUGCUAAUAAUAAUUAUAGAGGUAGAGGUCGCGGUGGCUAUUAAAACAGGGAUUAGCAUCAUUAAGAUCAGAAAUCGUAGAAAUCUGAAGUAGCAGUAGUAGAGACACCAAAGUAGCAAGUUGAGUUGAUUAAGAAAGGCACUACAAUAGUGACUGUUGACUACGAAAAAGCAUUUAGUAAUAUGUUUGCAAAGGCAGAAGUUCCUAAGAAAAAAAUGGUUUAGCAAGAAUCAAAAGCUGAUAAGUAGCCGGUUUAGGAAAUGAAAGAACAAUUAACUAAUGAUAAUAAAUCUGAAGAAGUCAAAUAAGAAUAGAAAAUAGAGGGUACCCAGAAAAAAUAGAAUGGCAUAAAAUAAGAUGACCAAAAGGUAGUGAAUGGAGUAUCGAAUUCAAAUCCUAUUGCUAAGCCAGAUAAUCUUAUAGUAAGUGUUUAGGCUAUUAACUAGGAAAUUAUAAAGGCUGAUGAAAUCAAAGAGCAUGUAUAAUAACCCGAAUAAACUUAGAAAGAUGAUCAUCUAUUAGAUUUAAAGGAAAAAGAAGAGUAAUCAUAGGAUUAAUCUACUUGCAUUAAUAAUAAACUAAAUUCAGAAAUUCAAAAUACCGAUGGCUAAUAAACUGAAAAGCAAACUGAAGAUUAGAAGAGUAAAGAGGAAGCAAAACCAAAAGAAAAAGUAGAUUUUAUCCCUGAUCCUAAUUUCAGUUGGGACCUAGCUGAAAUGGUCAUGAAACCUGCUCCUAAAAAGAAGAAAAAGAAGGCUGCUACAUCUAAUGGAAAUUCUCACCAUGCUUAAGAAAUGGUCCCUAUUGUAAUAAAGUAGGAUCAAAGCAAAGCCAUCAUUAAGGAAAAUAUCAAGCUUAAACUUACAGAAAACUUAGAGUUCUCUACCUUAAAUAUUGACAAGCUUAAUAAGGGUUUAAAGAAUUCAACAAACUGUUGUUAUAUGAAUGUCGUAUUGCAAUCACUCUUGUCUAUACCAGCAUUUUUCAACAUGCUAAUAGCAAUAAGUGAUAAUCAAGAGGUCAUGAAGGAGCUCGGAUCUGAAUCACUACUUAGAAAAUUCGUCUAUCUCUCAUAAUACUUUAACCCCACUUGCUAAAUGGACAAAAAGAGUCCAUUUGCUGCACCUACUGUUGAUGCUGAGAGAAUUUUCAUAGAACUCAAUCAAAACUUCAAUCCAUAUCAAGAGCAUUAGGACUGUCAUGAAUUCCUUGCAAUUGUUCUUGAUUUUUUGCAUGAUGAGUUGAAGCUUAUAUAUGUUCCUAAUGAUGACACUGCUUCAAGUAAUUAAGUAGUCGAUGAAUGGUAGGAAGUAGGCAACAAGAACUCAAGAAUGCUUUUUAACAAUGACCUUUAAAAUAUUUAAAGAUCUCUAGUUAGAGAUAUUUUUGGAGGAGUUAUUAGGAGUGAAUUCUAGAUUUCUUAACAGAACAAAGUAUCAGUAACUUAUGAGCCAUUCUUUGUAUUAAAUUUAGAGAUUACAAGAUGUGAAGACUUAUAUUCCUGCCUACACUCGUUUUUCAAAACUUCUAACAUAAAUGACUAUAUGCAUGAAGGGAAACUUGUUUAUGCAACUCAUCACUAAUAAAUUGAAAAGUUGCCAAAGAUCCUAAUACUGCAGCUAAAGAGAUUUGUAUUUCACGACAAACCUAUUAAAAAGCAUGAGAUAAUUGAUUUUCCUUAAGUAUUAAAAGUUGAAGACUAUUGCUUGUCCACUCAUUUGAGACUUGGCAUCAAUUCUAAAAAAUCUGCUGAGGAGAGUGGUAGGCACUACCUAUUAUCUUCUGUAACAAUUCACAGAGGCACUGAUGUUUCAAAAGGCCACUACACGUGCUUUGUGCUCGAUGCCUCUAAUAAUUGGGUUCACUAUGAUGAUGCUAAAGUCAAAAAGGUAUCUGAAGAUUACGUAUAUGAAAGUCAAGCAUAUUUAUUGUUCUAUGAGCUUAUUCAAUGA